AGCUGCCUGCCUGCCUUUGCUCUCACCUUCCUGCGCGUCCCGGGCGUCUUAAAAUCCCCAAACAUAAGAAAGGAGGAAGACUACACAGCACGCGCAUGAGAGAGGGGAGUGCGAGCUUUUUUUCAUGCCUGCACGUCGCACCACGAUGGCUUAUAUAUGAGGAGGACAGUUUGGGAUGCGGACAUAAACAAGCGUCUCCACGGAGAGAAGCGCAUGAGAAAACACAACGCUGUCCGUCCUCUCUUCCACACCGAGAAGGACUCCUCCCCACCUCGGCCGUGACACCUCCGGUAAAUCACCGAGGAAGGAUAACAGCCUCUUUUUUUUUUGAACGCUGGAGACACCCACAGCGAGCAAGACAUUACGAUUCAUCUGCCACUGCUUGCCUGCCUGUAUGGCUUUAAAAAGUUGCCUGGAGAACAUGGACAUCUGACGUGCGCCACACGCCGUCAUUGGACACAUUGAGCCUCUCUCUCUUUUUCUCCAUCACGUCUUGGACUGCUUAAUCCUCGUGCGCUUUGGCUUUGGAGUAAGAAGAAGUGUUGAGCAGUUGUCAUUUGCCCUGACACAGGCUACAUCCAGUAGCUCCCUGCAUUGAGGGGAACACAACCUCUCCACUGAAGACACUGCCUGUUGUGCUGCGCAUUUCUCUCUGAGCUCACUGUUUGUGCUUUAGUGGGAGAGAUAUUUUGUCAGCCCACCACGGAUUUGUCAGAGCUGACCUCCUGUGCGAAUAAAGCCCAUGAUUCAUCUGGACCCUCGACCUGCACGAGAGAGAAAACACAGUGACGCGUUGGUUUUGUAACUUGAUUUUUUUUUUUCCUGCAACCUGUCAUCUCCAGUCCCACCGUGAAUGGUCACACUGCCUUCUCCAUGUUGUGCGCAUUUGUAUUUGUUCCACAAACUGCGCCAGAAACACACGGCCACAUGUGAAUGAGACUCAUCACCUGUCCCGGUUGAAGCGCCCCCUGAAAAUCUGCCUGACUGACCGACACUGAAGAGGAAUACGUGCCGAACUUUUGCUGUAGUGAUGCUGCAAAUGGAAAUGGUCCUCUUCGUCUGCUUCAUGCUGUUGAUGUGUGUAUUAAGCCAGGAGCCCAGUUCCAAAGUGGUGGCCGACCGCUACGCCGUCUUCUGGAACCGGACCAACACCAAGUUCCACCGUGGGGACUACCACAUUGACGUGUGCAUAAACGACUACCUGGAUGUCUACUGUCCUCACUACGAAGACACAGUGCCUGAGGAGCGGACGGAGCGCUACGUCCUCUACAUGGUCAACUAUGAUGGCUACAGCUCAUGUGACCACACCUCUAAGGGUUUCAAACGCUGGGAGUGUAACAGGCCGCACUCCCCGAACGGACCACUCAAGUUCUCGGAGAAGUUCCAACUCUUCACUCCCUUCUCCCUGGGCUUCGAGUUCAGACCGGGCAGAGAAUACUACUACAUCUCCUCCACCAUCGCUGAGAACGGGAGGAAAACAUGCCUGAAGCUCAAAGUUUUCGUCCGACCAUCAAACAGCUGUGUGAAAACUAUAGGCGUACAUGACCGCGUUUUUGAUGUAAACGACAAAGUAGACAAUACAUUAGAACCAAGAGACGAUACCAGCCAUGAACCGGCUGAGCCCUCCCGGAGCGAUGAAACAAACGCUGCACCACACCAGCAGAAAACAAGUCCACUCCUGGUUUCAUUGCUGGUCUGCCUACCAGCACUCUUCACUUUAUAGCGCCUCCCUCUGUCCUGGAGGGCAUUUACACCUAGUGUGGCCUGAAUCUGCCCGAGGCUGGCUGCAGGGAAGAGGCGGGAGUUCUGGUUGGAGCGUGUUUUUUUCUCGCUUGAUUGGGCAUCAGAGCAGGCUUCUCAAGGAACCCUCGAUUUUUCCCAGAAAUCUAUUUAAGUGUUCUUUCUCCGUCUGAGUGAAACAAAGUUGAUGUUGGGAGUGGGAGAGACAGUUCCGCCUCUUUAACCUUCAACUAAGAUGCCAAAUUCCCCCUUUUUUGACACUUAGUGAUUCUUAAUUUCCCGUGACUUUUUUGUGACAUCCCUUUACAUUGUUGUUUAUGUCAUUACAGCACUGAUGUUUACCCACAUACACAUGCACACAUGCUUACAGAGACAAAUACACAAACCGUCAUUAGCAGUAGGCUUUUUUUUACAGACUUGUAGACAGUAGCAGCAUUACAAGGUAGGAAAGUGAAGAUCGUAGGAGUUAGAAAAGACUGUACAUAAAUAAGUAAAUAAUCCCGAGACCUCUCCAGAAGCCUUUCAGAGCAUAUUUUCUGCUGGGUCAUAUGAGGCAUAUCUUUGCGCCUCUGUUUUGCUUGGAGGAGCUGAAAAAAGCUACAAGAUGAAUACAUAGAAAGAGAAAUGGUUUUAAGCAGAGCACUGAGAAGUACAAACAUAGCAUGCACCUUAGCCCCCUGAUCUUCAGCCUAUGAAAAUGGUGCCCUAUUUCUCUUGAAUAUGAAGUGUAUUUAGAAGGAUAAGCUACUUUGUCGAGUUCUUGAGUUUAACACCCGUGAACAAGGAGGCAACUUUUUCCUGUCCUCUUCCAAGUUGAGCAUGUCAGCCUGCUCAAAACACCUUGCAAAGAUUCAUUCUGACCCACAGAACAGCUAAAUUUAAAAUUUUCUCCCGACACUCUGUGGACUGCUAUUAAGAUUGAGAAUCGAUAGCUUUUGAAAUUAGAUCACACGAUUUCCUGGCAUCUGCCACGGUCAUUUUAUGCUAUGUUUACUGAGCCAGGCAGCGGUCGUUCUCUGUGUUCCAUCUGGAUUCUUGUCCAUGUAUAAAACUCUCUCUUAAACAUCUGCAUGCACAGAUUUUUUUCCUCUAGAAACGACUGUUAAAAAAUAAUCCAUUCUAAAUUGGACAUUUUCUUCAUCACUGAAUCGUUAAGUCAGUAGUGUCACCAAAUGUUUUCUUUCAAUUUGCAGACACUGAAAACUUUGUAUUUGUGCAUCUCUGGAUUCCACAAAACAAAGGUCAUGCUCAAAGCUCCUGUGGGGAGGUUUUAGCUGGUUAUUAAAAAGGAUGAAAUUUAUACUGAUUCCUCUUUAUAGCUUAGAAAAGCAAAUGAGACCAUCUGUGACAUGAUUGAUUAUUUCUACAUAGUAAUUUUUAGGGCCAUAAACCACUGCUGUAGGGUAUGUGUCAGACAAAGUGAGUCAGAGCAUGCUGGAAAAACAGCCCUUUUUGUUUCACAUUUUCCAUGGCAAAGAGUCAAAGCUGGCGAUACAUUUAACUGUUUAAAGAAAGCAGGAUUAAAUUUCACUUAGAAAGUUCAAACUUAAAGCAACAAUAUGUAACUUUUCCACCAUAAAAGUGAAGUUUUAAAGUAAAUCUAAUGGUACAAUCUCUGUCAACACUGAGCAUGGAAUAUAUAUUCCAUUUCCACAGAGAGCCCUGGUCAUCUGCUUUCAGCACGAUGCAACUUUGACAGCAGAUUGUUGUGUUCUUGCCAGGAGUUAGACUUUACAGGAUUGGUUCACACUCCUGCUUAGAGCUACAAAGAAGCCAGUUUUACAGCAUUGAUUCACACUCUGGCUUUAGGCCAAAAGGAAGCCAGUUAGAAAUGAGACUGUACGGCACUGGUUCACACACCUGCCUAGGUCUAAAAGGAAGCCAGUUAGGAGUUAGACUUUACAGGAUUGGUGCACACACCAACUUAACAUACAAUGUACACAAUAGCUGAGACUACAAGAUAAAACAGCAUAGUGGUGAAUGAAAACAAAAAAAGAGAGGAACUGAGACAAACUGUGUAGGAAGAUAGUCAACAAGCAACACCUGGAUGGUAGAUGUUACCAGAUUGUAACAUAAUGUUAUUUGUAACCUUUUUAAAAUUAUUUAUUUAACUUACAGGGACGAUGCAAAUCAAUCGACAUUUCUGUAAAUAUGCCAGAGUUAGCCAAAAGGCUAGUUUCUAUUUGCAAUCUUAUUUUUAGAAGCUUUACCAGGUGCAGAAAGUCAUCCAACUCAAAAUUUUGCCUCAGGAUAGGACACAAAUAAUUAAAUAAAUCCAUCUUACACAGAAAAAAAAAUAAAAAAUCUUUCUUUGCUGCCUUUAUCAGUUUGGGACCUUACAUUUCAAUUUCAACAAGCAUUAACUUAAUUUAAUUUGCAAAUAAAGCCUUGUAGCGCCACAUUAUGUAAUAAUGUAAUAAAUUUUCAAUUCAUUAUGUAAUAACGCCGCAUUUUGUAAGCCACUAAGCAGUUAGGGUUAGGGCAAGGUAGUAGGGUAUACCCUGGAG